AUGGCGUACAAGGGGUCGCAGAAGAUCCAGAAGGUGAUGGUGCAGCCGAUUAACCUGAUCUUCAGGUACCUGCAGAACAGGGCCCGCAUUCAGGUGUGGCUAACGGAGAACAUAACGAUGCGAAUCGAGGGACAUAUCAUUGGUUUCGAUGAAUACAUGAAUCUUGUGUUAGACGACGCGCACGAGCUCUACGUCAAGACACAGGUCCGCAAACCCAUCGGGAGGAUACUCCUGAAGGGCGAGAACAUCACUCUUAUUAUGUCCACUCAGACACCAUAA